CGUUUAUAUAUUGUGUGAUGUGUUUAUUUAAAAAUUUUAACGCGUCAAAGCAUGUUUGUUUUAUUAUAAUUGCUUGUUAUGAAAAUUAUAUUUUGGCAAAGGUUUUUGUAAAAGAGAGAGAGGACGAAACCGUCAUGCACAAGACAUGUGACAAUGUCAAUAGGAAUGUAAACAUUAUAUUGUUAAAUGUUUUGCGCAUAAAUAUUUUGUAAAAGUUAACGGAGCAAAGAUAAAUGUUGGUUAUAUAUCUUCAACCUAUUGAAGAACAAUCGAAAUAUACAUAUCGAAAAUCAUAUAUACGCGUAUACAUACACAAGGUUGAAUGUGACGUUACUUUUCAAAUGCGAGUUGUAAUGGUAAAAAGCAAACGUUUGCUGUUCCCUGUACUGUAGAAUCGUUCGCAAACUUUAUUAUUAUAUUCGUUAUUCUUUCAGCUCGAUUGCAUUUUCAAGGCAUGUAUAUAUAUAUAUGUGUGUGCGUGAAUGAGAAAUUCCACGUAAUCGACAUAUAUGUAAAUUUUUGAGAAUAAUUUGAAUAAAAUCGGACAUUUCCACGGCACAUCUGCAACAAUUGAAUUAUAUAAUUAAGUACAUUGAAAAGGAUUAAUUACGAAUAAAAAGUCUCCUUUUUUUUGUCGGAUAACAUUUAAGCAGGUGAAAAAGGAAUCGAGUUGGAACGAUGAAUCGGUUAUGGAAAACGUUGUCGCGAAAGCGCGUAGAAGCAGAGAACGAAGAGGUAAAAGGUGAACAAUUGGCACGGGUUCUUGGUCUAUUUGAUUUGACCGCACUCGGCGUAGGUGCGACUCUCGGUUUAGGCGUUUACGUUCUUGCCGGAAGCGUGGCCAAAGACACUGCUGGACCUGCCGUUUGUCUCUCUUUCCUCAUAGCUGCCAUCGCGUCUGCUUUCGCAGGUAUGUGCUAUGCGGAAUUUGCAUCGAGAGUGCCGAAAGCCGGUUCGGCCUUCGUGAUAGGAUGGAAUUUAAUUCUAGAAUACGUAAUUGGUACAGCGAGCGUCGCUCGUGGGCUUAGUAAUUAUAUUGAUGCAUUGAUAGGAAAUGCCAUGGGUAAAACUCUGCGUUCCCUUAUGCCCAUAGAUAUCUCCUUUCUGUCAGAGUAUCCUGAUUUUUUCGCCUUUGCAAUGGUCAUGCUACUAGUAGUACUAUUAUGCAUAGGAGUAAGGGAGUCGUCGAUCUUAAACAACAUAUUUACCAUUAUAAAUUUAACAACGAUCACGAUCGUUAUUGUCGCAGGGUCGAUAAAAGCGGAUUCGUCAAAUUGGUCCAUUGCAUCCGAGGAUAUUCCAAAUUCCGUGAAAAAUGGCGGAACCGGCGGAUUUAUGCCAUUCGGUAUCAGCGGAGUGAUGAUCGGAGCGGCCAAGUGUUUUUACGGAUUCGUCGGUUUCGAUACCGUCGCUACCACUGGCGAAGAGGCAAAGAAUCCUCAGCGUCACAUUCCUCUAGCGAUCGUACUAUCCCUGAUUAUUAUAUUCGUAGCGUAUUUUGGUAUCUCCACGGUCCUUACGAUGAUACUGCCUUAUUACGCUCAAAAUGCGGACGCGCCGUUUCCACAUGCGUUCGAUGAGAUCGGAUGGCCUGUCGUUAAAUGGAUCGUCAACAUAGGCGCGGUAUUCGCGCUAUGUACUAGUCUCUUGGGCGCUAUGUUUCCUUUACCGCGUGUAUUAUAUGCCAUGGCUAAUGACGGGGUAAUAUUCAAAACUCUCUCCAAAGUGCAUUCUAAAACUAUGACGCCUAUACAGGGCACGGUACUCUCUGGCUUACUUAGCGGUCUUAUGACACUUGUCUUCAAUUUACAGCAGUUGAUUGAUAUGAUGUCCAUCGGGACUUUACUCGCGUAUACAAUAGUAGCGAUAUGCGUUUUGAUAUUAAGAUAUCAAAAAGAUGCGAACUCUAGCAACGCUCCUGCUAUACCGCUAAUGAGUGAUUAUCAAUUUACAUCUAUAAAUAUAUUUAAGGAAUUAUUUAAUUUGCAUAAUCAGAAGGAACCAACGGAACUUUCUAAUAGGAUUGCAAAUAUUGGCAUCGCCUUACUUUGUAUCAUUAUAUGCAUCAUCACGUUUCUGAUUAGUAACAUGAGCGCGCACCUGCUCGCAGGAAAUGUGGUAAUAUCUGUGAUACUAGUUGUAUUCGUGAUUAUCCUUUUUUUGAAUUUAGCCGCGGUUGGUAGACAACCGGUACAAAAGACUGAAUUGUCUUUCAAGGUUCCUCUCGUUCCACUUAUUCCCUGUCUCAGUAUUUUUAUAAACAUAUAUUUAAUGUUCCAACUAGACGUCUUUACAUGGAUUAGAUUUGCCACUUGGUUGCUGAUUGGUUUUUGCAUCUAUGGUUUUUACGGAAUUAAUCACAGCGAGCAAGGGAAAAGAGAUAAGGCAGAAAGCAAAAAAUUACAACAAACGUAUGUGGAAAAGUUUAGAAUAGUGACAUCAUUUUGAUCGUCAAGUUUGUGUGUUUAUACAAACACACACAUACGUUCGUCUUAACCAUUCAAACGUACAACAAUAGAAUUAAAAAUAAUUUUGUAUAAUUAACCGACGCACACAAAAUUAAUGUCAUGUACAUUUGCAAUAAUUAAUCGAAAAAAAUUUUUUAAUGAUAAAUUUUAUAACGUAUCAUUUAUACAACACAUACACACACACACACACACACGCGCGCGCAUAUAUUCCUUUAUUACUAUAUUGUAAUAUAACAGGAUCUUAAAAUAUUAGUCUUUUAUUU